GUCCGCAGCAAGAGCCGGGGCAAGCUCCGAGGCGUCCACCGCCAGAGGGCCUUGCAGCUCUUCUUGCGGGAGUCACAAGAAGAGGAGCUGAUGCCUGCUGGGUCUAAGUCGGAAGGUCGACCUCCCAUCAAGCUGCUUUUGUCUGCCUUUGAGGGUCGCCCAGCGGUGCUGCUGUUCGACUACCACCCUGCUGUGGGGAAGGAACGGACCGUGGACCCUGAUCGCGUGGUCUCCUGCGAGGGGCAUGGUCGUCCCGAGAUCUUCUUCAGCCAUUCGGGCUGCGUGCAUCGCUACAAUGCAGUGCUCAACAGCUUUUACUGCGGAGGUCUGGAGGAGGAGGCAUCUGCAGUUCCUAUCUUGCUUUGGGGUGGAACGCCAAGGCCAGAAUCUCUUCGCGAGUUCCGCGCCUGCCAGAAGACGAAUCACUUCCCGGCCUCCUGGCAGUUGGGCCGCAAAGACUUACUCUGGCGGAACCUCCGCGCCAUGCAGCAGCGCUUCCCAGAUGGCAGGUUUGAUUUGAUGCCGCAAACCUUCCUCUUCCCAGGGCAGUUCAAGUUUUGGAUGGAGCUCUCCAAGGCCUCUCCGCAUGAGACUUCCUUUGACCCCAGACCCGUCGACCGUCUGACCGCGCCGUGGACCUUAAGCCCUGGAGCUCGGUGCAGCGACCGGGCGCGGUGCGGUUGGGGUAUGGCUCGAGAGCGAGCCGAGGCGGGCUCUUUACGCGAGCUGCCUUGCUCAGAGAUGGCGCGCGAGCUGCCUUGCUCAGAGAUGGCAGAGGUCAAAGCGUCCCUGGCGGCCACGGGGCAAACCGUCCAGCGAGUGCUCGACACGCUCCGGAAGCUCCAAGAGCACUUUGAGCACCGGCCACCAGCGAAGAACACCCCGUCCGAGAGCAAAGACGAAGGCUUCAGCCCUUCACGGCUGAGCGUGCUGAGGGCCGUGAAGCUUCGCAUCGCCGAGUAUUUGGAGGCUUCGGAUGCCUUCGAGGCCUUGGUGGCAAUUCCCGCACCUCACGUGGACGACGUGCUCGUCGAGCUCUCAGACGUUGAACCCACCAGGCCACCCACCCCGGAGCUCCGGUCGCCUUCCGUGGCCACACUGCUGGAGGGGAAGUGCUUCAGCGAGCCUUCGGAAGAGCCCUGGGAAGAUGCACCACCGCCGCCUGGGGCGCUUGCAGUGGCGCGAAUGGCACCGCCAGCCCCACCAACAGCUCCAGCAGCGCCGCCCCCACCGCCCGCACCGCUGGUGGAUUCCUUGACCACGGUCCCCGCGCAGCUUCCAGCGUCCAUUGUGAAGGACUUCGUCGUCGAUGGGACUCUGGGCCGUGGCUCGGUCGCGCAGGUUCUGCGGCUGCGGAACCGGCAGACGGGGCGAACGGAGGUGGCGCUGAAGGUCAUGGAGAAGCGCCCCUUAGAGAUCCGCAACAUGAUGUCGCAGGUCCAACGGGAGGUGAAGAUACAAAGCUCGAUCUUCCACCCCAAUGUCUUGCGGCUCUUCCGCUGCGUGUCGGAUGAGACGCAUCUCUACAUGUUGCUAGAGCUGGCCGAUGGAUGCUUGGUGAAGUUGCUCUCGCAGCACCCGCACCGGCGCUUGCCAGAGCCCUUAGCCGCCAAGCUCUUCCGGGACAUCGUCCUGGGCGUUGAACAUUUGCAUAGCGUGGCGUGCUGUGCACACCGGGAUCUGAAACCCGAGAACAUCCUCUUGGCCGGCCUUUGUCCCAAGAUCUGUGACUUCGGAUGGUGUACCGACCUGGAUGGCACCAAGCGGAGAACCCUGUGCGGCACGUUUAGCUACAUGGCGCCGGAGGUGUUGUUCGGCGAAGGCCACGGUAAGGAGGUGGACCAUUGGAGCUUGGGUGUGCUGCUUUAUGAGCUGUUGGCCGGCCAGACGCCCUUCGCGAGUGCAGCGCCAGACUUUCGACAGAAGGUCCACCAAGUCUUGUAUCAGUGCCCAAGAUGGUUUAGCCAGGAAGCCUGCCAUUUGCUUCACAGCCUUCUGCAACGCUUCCCGAAGCACCGCCGUCCCUUGCCGGAGGUCUUGCAGCAUCGAUGGUUAGAGAGGUCUGCUCUGCGCCCCCUGCCAAGCGCCCACGUCGCCCCGAUGACGAGCGCCGCCGGUCACCCGGCGAACCUGAGCCGCCACGGCUCACCGGUGAGCCGUGCCAUCCGGUCGCCCAGGCAGCCAAUGAUGCCGCUGCACGGAAUUCGUUCUAACGCGCCGCCGCGAGUGGUCCUCCUGCAGAAAAACAAGGGACUCGACCUCUCCCGUCCUUCCGGUCAGUGGGGGCGUGGCGUGGGACGCGAAGAGAGGGGUGGAAGUGUGGGGAACACACCACCCCAGCGACGGGCGAUAUAUAGCCUACUCCAGGCAAGUUCGAAGGACCAGCUUCGCUGA